GUAGCAAGAAGUGUCCGAUACUGAUACCGCUAGACAAUAGCCGCGCAGUCCAUUUUUGUCGAAAUCAAAUUCAAGUUGAUGUUGAGCGUCUCGAGUGAGUCCGUCGGACUCAACGAGUAACCGACGACGCGGACGUUGAGUGAAGCUAAGUCCGGACUCAACGAGUAACCGAUAUAUACGAAAUGUUUUUUUGUGAAAUAAUAUGUUAUCAACUAGCGACAAGAUCGAUGUGUGUUCGGGAUACGGGUGUUUCACCCGUUGUUGAAAUCGAAUGUGAGUCACGUGAUGUCGGUGCUCGUUCUCUUGCUUCAGGCUUCGAUAGCGAACAUGACAACAGCAGCAAGAUGCACGCCAGGGCUUGCUUCCACCUCAUAUAAGCUCCCUUUCAUGACUUCAGCACUGAGAUUUAAAGGACACCGCAAUGUCCGCUGCUUCUCAUCCACGUGUCGACGAGCAGCCCACUUGCGCGAUCACUAUGCGACCCUUGGAGUCCCAAUCACAGCGACGAAGGCUCAAAUAAAGACACAUUUCUACCAACUCAGCAAGAAAUAUCAUCCCGAUGUUAGUCAGGACAGUACAGCACGGGGAAAAUUUCACGCAGUGAGUGAAGCUUACGCAGUGCUCGUGGACGAUCGAAAGCGGCGAGAGUACGAUCGUAGUAUCCGCCACGCAUCACCGUCGCAACCAUCCUCUCACCACCCACAAGCUACUACAGCACGUCCCUCCAAUCGAUCAGGGUCGCGCAAUGCAUGGCAAAAUAAUGCACGUCAGCAUCAGCACCGUGACCCCAAGUCCAGCCAUGCGCAUGACCCAAACGCAGCUUAUGACCACCCAUGGGAGCAUGCUCGAGCAGGCAAAUACACCUAUUAUAAACCUCCCCCCGGUGCACAUUCACGCACGUCCUAUACAUGGUCGCACACAAAUCCAUUUUCCAGCCCACACGUCCAACGAGCAACCGGUCGUAUGUCUGCAUAUCCUUCACCAGGAACGGGCCCGUCUGAUGGUAGCAAUGAAAGUAUGGCUAAAGAAGAACCACGACCGAAAAGAACGCAAACGGACGAGGACGUAGCUGCAGCGGAGAGUGUUAUAGGGCGUGUGUUUGCGGUGUCUGGACUUUUAACUUUCAUGUUAGUGAUAGCCCAGUUUGCGGGUGCGCCGUGGGGCAGUGCGCAUGCAUGAAUCAAUGAAUUUUGUAAUCAGUUUGUCGAAACGCAUAGAAGACUAGUUGGAAGCCCAAUACUACAACAGUACUUUCCUGAUACAUACAUUGACUGACUAUCUACGCCACUUCCCUCCCGCGGGUAUCUACCAUCCAUCAGCACAGGUAUUACCGUAUUAGCAGAUUGUGACGUGAGGUCUUCUAUA